AUGCCUCAAUUAGGAUUCAACAUGGAAAAUAUGUUGAUAUGUAUCUGUACCUAUACAACUGCUUUCUCGGUGGACCCCAAACCUACACAGGAUCAUUUCAUAGCACCAGCACGGAAAAAGGUACAAAGUCGAUUUCUUGCGAUAUCCUACCUGGUAAUUAUUGCCGUUACGUGGAUUGCAUUUUUGGGGAGCAUAAAUUUGGAUUUGCGACCCGUGUAUCAAAAAUCAUGCCCAGUGCAGGGUGCCGCCUCGACAAAAGUGAAGGGAUACUUGAGCACGGAAGGCUUGAAGGGGUCGGAUUUCCAAGUUGAAAAUUCCUAUCUGUAUCGCAGAGUUUGGGACAAUUCGGAUCUAAUAUUGGGUAAUAAUGCGCAAGACGGUGGAUUCAUUGCAGUCACGAAUUUGAUAAUUACGCCAAAUCAGACGAGAGGGUUUUGUGUGGAGACGAACGCGACCGUUAAAUGUAAAUCCAGAUACGAUUGUAAAGCAGGCGAAACAAUUCCUGGGACCAAUAGUGGUGCCUUAACAGGAAAAUGCAUUGCUGGGAGAUGCCAACUUUCCGCAUGGUGUCCUUUGGAGGAAAAUAAAUUACCACUUGCUGACGAACGACCCCUCCUGGAAGGAAUUCAGAAUUACACCGUCAUGUUAAAACUCUCCGUUCAAUUUCCAGCUUGUAAUGAAAAAAAGUUUCGAAAUAUUUUGGAAAAUGCGACCACCUCAUAUUUAUCUGGGUGUCAGUAUAAUCCCGAAAAUGACACAAGUUGUCCCAUAUUUCGAAUUGGAGACAUUGUGAAAUGGAGUGGAGAGAAUUUUUCCCAAGUCGCCAUCACUGGCGGAGUUUUCAGGAUAGAAUCAAUUUGGAACUGUGAUUUCGAUUGGGGUAUGAGUAACUGCUUUCCGACCUAUAAAUUUCAAAAGAUUGAUGACUCUAAGGCCGUUUUAUCUCCUGGAUUGAAUUUCAGGAUUGCCGACUAUCAUGAAGAGAAUCGUCGCACAUUGACAAAAGUUUUCGGUCUUAAGAUCACCAUUCUGGUAUCUGGAGAUGGGAAUCAGUUCGAGUUGUUGCAUUUCAUACUUUCCUUUGGUGCAACGAUUGGUAUAUUUUCGGUGGGAGCUCUCAUUUGUGACACGCUGCUAGAAUUAAUUCAAUACCUACAAAAGUAUGAACUUUGUAAAAGGCUUAUACCUCCUGAUAGCUCGUAACAAUUUUGGGAGGAAUCGAGAUGAAAGUUUUACUAUCGUAUAUGCAUAUUAUACCUACAUAGUUAUUUUGCACGUUAAGUGCAACGUUUUCUGAAAAAUAAAUACACUACACCGUUUAUUUAUGCAACUUUCAAAAAUUAAAACAAGUUUUUCUAGUAGAUUGAUACUUCAAAUCUAUCACUAAAAUAUCUGCCCAGUGACGGACAUAUGCAGUUUGAACUCGUACAAUUAUGUAGACCUUGACUCCGAGCACAAAGCCAGUGUGUGCAUUAUGCAUUUAAUAAAAUAUUAGUAUUUGUAUUUGUAAUUGUGCUUAUCAAUUUAUUGCAUGACAUUAAUACUCAAGAUUAGAAGAAUAGCCAUUUGUUGCAAUUCACCCAUUGAACGGGCGAGAUAGAUUUUGUUCUAAAUCUAUGUACAAAUCUCAGUACGUGAUGAAUGCACAAUUUCACUGAAUAUAGAUAAUUGAUAUUACUGCAGUCUAGACUUAAAUAUAUCGCGUGUCACAAGAAUAAGUUCAAGCUGAAAUUAUAUGCAACGAUUAAGAUCAAACGUUUAUCAUAAAUCGAUGACGAUAAAGCACGCUCAUUAAAAUUGUAUAUUCAAUUUUUGCCAAUUUUGGAAUAAGCUCUAACAGCAAGCUAUCAUACGUAUAUGUACAUGACCUACAGUGUAUUUAAUUCAAUAUUAAUUUUGGUAUGCAUAUUACAUCUUUAUUCAGAAGAACUCGAAAUUGUUACAAUAAUUUCGUGCAAAAUAUUAAACACCCCGUUUUCUGAUCGGAGCUGAUUAAAUGAUCCAUAAACCGGAUGUGAUCACGAAUUUUUUAUUUGCUUUGACUGUUUACACAAUUGAUGAAGAGAAUUACUAACCUUAUUAAACAAGUUAGACAUUAUUCAGUUUGCUAUUUAAGUGAAUAUUUCUCCAGUAAUUUUGUACAUUUUCACUUCACGAAUCAUCAAAGUAACAAUUUUUUCCCAAAAUCUAUCACAAUGUACAAGUUAGCGUUGACCUCUUCCUUGGUACUUCUGGUACUUAUUUCCGCAACGUCGGCAGAAGAAACGGAAGGGUGUAAGGGUAAGCAAAUGAAUUUGACCUGCAAGGGAGAAGUCAUGAAUAUGAAACCAUUGUGGGUGGGCAAGAAGGAAUGUUAUCAAGAAACCUAUGGAACUAGUA